GAUUGGUGAUACGCAGGUUACGCUACGCAAUUUACGCUCCAUGUGAAAGCACCCGCAGGCUUCUCUCUGAUUGGAUCCAGUGAGAAUCCUGCAUAAGGUCUGAACCAAUGCAGCCAGUUCAGCUAUAAAGAACAGAUCUAACGUUAAAGUUCAAAAUGGAGGGUGAUUACGCGUCUGUAUUUUUAUAUAAAUCUAUGGCGAUAUCCGCCGAGUCCGCGGAACAUGUGGCCGCGAGCGUAUGGCGAGUGAUUCAACGUUCGCACGUGUGAUAUUAAUACGCGUACAGAGUAGAAACGUGCGUACAACAUUUGCCGGAAGGCAUUAAAACAAAAAUUACACUACGUAAAGUGAAAGCUGUACUCAUCAAAAUGUCUGUGGUAUCCUCGAGAGUCAGCAGCGUGUCGUCUAUACUGAAAACCAGCGGCGUUAGAACGAAGUUCGUCAAGCAACCCGGCAAAGUAUAUUUUAAGCUACCAAGAGAUAUUAAAAAUAUAUUAUGUAAUUUUGCAAAUAGCGAUGGGAUUAAGGAGUACGAGAAGCUGAUACAUUCGCUUAAAGAAUGCGCUGUAAAGGAUAGCGAUUUAACAGAAUUUUUAACCGAGACAAGACAGUGUAUAUCCUUGAUGGAUGUUAGAUACGAAUCGUUUGUUCAAGUACUUCUUCAAAUCGAAUGGACGAAUAGGUCACCAGAAGUGAUUUCAGCUUAUAAAUUCUUCUUGCAAGAUUUGGUCUGCAUGCAGACGCUGCAUAUAAAUAUUGUAAUAAAUCGUCUGGUUGAGUUGUUCAAACCAGAGGAGGAUAGUAAUGCCGAACAUGAAGUUGGACAGUUUAAAAGCGAAGAUAUCGACAGGCUGAAUCACAUACACGACAUACUGCAUAAAAUUUUGGAAUAUGUGCCAAUGUCUGACAAAGUCUUGCUACAGUCCCUUGUAUCGCGAUUUCCAUAUAUUAUACAUGGCACUUAUACACAUGAAAUUUAUAUCCAUGCGUUAUUACAAAUUCUAAAUUAUGCGCCUCAACUGAGAUCUAAUAUUUUGGUCUUCAUUAUUAAUAGGCUAAUGAUGUUGGAUGUUAAUAUACCUCGUGAAGAAGCAAGUAACGACGAGAAAGAUGUAGUUGAUGAUUGCAUCGGCUCAAAUGGGACAGCUGAUAACGACAAUCCGACCGAGAUAAACAAUGAUGCAAAUAAAAGAGAAACUAUCCAUCCAACUGCGCGUACACUCGACUCGUGUAUGGAAUUAUUCCUUAAAUAUAUGCACGAGUUUUGUUUCGCGAACGAUGUUCUGCAGAUAGAGAACUUGAGGACACUGUAUUUCGAUGUUCUCUGCGCAUUUGAGGCAGUAAUAUUACCUACGCACGCCAGUCAAUACGUGCAAUUCAUCAUCUUCUACAUUUGCAGUUUUAGAUCCGUAAUCACGGAAACGUUCACGAAAUGGUUGUGGCAUAAAGUAACCGAUCCUAAUGUAGCACCGGUUCUUCGACAAACAGCUAUUUGUUAUAUUUCUAGCUUACAUGCUACUGCCUCAUUUAUGUCUCCCGGGCAAGUGAAAAUAGCCAUGUUCGACUUGACGCUGUGGAUACACAAAUAUAUCACUUCGCAGGAAGAUGUGGAAUACAUUAACGACGACGUAAAACCACACGUUGUGUUUUAUUCCGUUUGUCAAGCGUUCUUCCACUUAUUCGUCGCGAGGUACAAGCACUUUGUCGAGUCGAAGAACGGGAUAUUAUUUCUUCAGAAUCUUGAUAUAUCGAAAAUCGUUACUUGUAAGUUAAAUCCCUUGAAGAUGUGCGACACCAAGAUCGUUCGCGAUUUCGCCGAUAUUACGAGCACGUAUCAACUAGCUUACUGCUUCGCUGUGAUUGAGGACAACGAGCGCAACCAAUUACCCAUUUUUGGGGUAAAAACCCACCUGCCCGUGUUGGUUUCUAACUUUUUCCCAUUUGAGUCUUACACAUUAGAGCAUAGCGGACACCGGAUAACUCCGUUUUUACGCAAUAAUGUAGCAAAUGUUAACAGUCGAUCGGUUAGAGAAUGCAAAUAAGCGUAUAAUAUAUCAAAUUAAUAAAAUUCAUAAUGCUCUAUUAUAGUCAAGGGCGUCCGGAGGGGGGGGGGCAAGAUGGGGCAUCUGCCCCCCCCCCCCUAGAAUUUGGAAUCGGCAAAAAAUUUUGCCUAUUUGGCAUACCUUGUCGCGGUGAGAAAGCUAUUACCAAAAGGUGUACAUAUAUGUAUAUACACCUUUAUAUAUGUGUAUAUAUUUGAAAUCAUGUAAAUAAUUCUGGAAGUAAUAUUUUAACAAUAUAAAUGAUGCCCCCCCCCUGGAAAAAAUUCUGCGGACGCCCUUGAUUAUAGUAAACAUAAAUUCGAAGGAAUAAGGACUAAAGAGCCGUGACAGGAUGUGUUAAAGAUUACUUGUUUUAAAGUUAGUUUCUUUAGGCUCUUUAGUCCUCAUUUCUUCGAAUAAGAGAUAUUUAAGUAUUCUUGCGUAUAAGAGAUAUUUAAGUAAAUUAUGGUGCUGCAUCUCAAAUCAGCCACAUGCAGAAGUUUCUUUUACUCUUUCGACAGUUUGUAAUAACCCGGAAAAUGAACGAAGUACGCAAUGAUUUAAUUUACAUUCUGACAAAAGGUUAUGUACUGUUUCAAAUAUAAUAUUCUUUAUAUGCU